AUGAAGAGUUGCGGUGCGGUGCGGUGCGGGAACGUUAAGUCGGUCAUCAGCUAUCUGUUUGCAUCGACGCAAAGCUUCGGCCGGCUUCGAGUAUUCAGAAUGCUAAGACCACAUCUUCCAGUCCGACCUGGAUCAUUGCGCCUUCGAGCCCGAAGAGGAUCUGCAGAACCGAUCUGCUCUAUCACAUUUUGGUACAGAUCGUUGCGGGCAUCAUGCGAGACAGAUCCGCCGCGUUGCAGUGGCCAGAGCAAGGUCUCGAUCCCAACAACGAUGAUCAUCGCGAGCAGUUGCAUUCGCUCUAGUGACUCAUGCGCAUGCAGGAGUAAGUCCCUACUUUGUUUGCGCUGCCUCCAUGUUUGAAUUGACCUGACAUUUUGCGUCCUCCUCAUACAAUCGUCGAAACGUUAGAUUCGAUACGCCAUGCAAUUGCUCACCCCACCACCACCGAUCUCGGGCUCGUCUGACAGGGGUGCAAAGGAGACGAAGCAGACCGUCUCGCUGUGGCACGAAUUCUCAGCCACGCACUAUCAAGGGCAUGUCCAAUCUAUCCUGCGACGACGUCGAGGGGAAGGACGCGGGGCACCUUACUCAGAUGCUGUGCUGGUUCGAGUUAACUAA